AUGUCGAGGGAGAAAGGAGGUAUACCCGUUAAUAGGGUCUUACUUGCGAAACCCCAAGAAUCUGAGACUACCCCACGCUCACCAAUACCAUGCCGCCCAAGAGAAAGCGAAACGAGGAAGAGUCUGCAGCCAGAAAGCCUGACCUACGACGCAGCUCAGGCUCUUGUCCGCCGUCUUGUGACGCAGUUCGGCAUCGACCCGACAGACUGCGUAGAUAAUGAUGUGGGAGCUGGCUUUUCUAAAGUCUCUUAUGCGCAAGUCGCUCCUCUUGUCGGACUCAAACCAUACUUAGGGCUGCAAGACAUUUCGACCUUUGAAAUCCACCGCUCUCGUAUUCCAAUCGAACUUUUCAAGACUAUUGUAGCAGACAUGGAUGUCAUGAUGGUGCAAUACGGUCCUCCUUAUGUUCACAGGACGGAAGAGGCAAAAUCGAGAUUCUUCUCGCCGGUUUUCAACCAUCUUGUGAAGCAGUUUACCUUCAUGUUCAGGAACAACCCAGAAGCUAUCGUCGAUGGUCGAAUUGGUACGAGGGGUCGCAUUGAAUACCAUUUCGAAGCAUUUGGUGCGGUUGCAAUUCUUUGCAUCGAAAUGAAGCUCGGAGUAGGAAAUGAGGAGGAACGUUUAAAGGCGAUUGCUCAGGUUAUAGCAGAAUGCAAUGGUUGUGACCUCAAUAAUGCCCAAGGCGCUUUUUCUCUCCCUAUUCUCUGCAUUCUGUCCGAUGGAUUAACCUUCGAAUUCUUUAAAUUCGAGAGAGACGGAUCGGGUCCAUCUUUUUUUCGUGGGUGUUUCCCUGGUGAUCCAGAAGGCCUGCAGCGUGGCCUGAAAUUACCCGACCCUCAGACAACGGACACUACCCUCCCUUUCGUCCUCCAACUUCGCGGCAUAUGCGAGACAAUCUUCGACACGAUGCUGAGCGCAUAUAUUUCCGCCUUGUAUGCAUGUCGUGACCGAUCCGCAUUGGCGCGCAAGCAGAAGAGACCAAGUCUUGAUGGAUGGGAUCAAGCACUGAAGUCCGCAGAAGAUGCAUUGGCGACAUUCAGGAAAGCUGAGACUCAGCGCAAGGAUGGCAAUGUUGAUUCCGCCGACAUGAGUGUUUCAGAAGGACUUCGUCUACUCCAUGAGAGCACAGGAGCUGUGUCGACUGUCUAUACGUCUAAGCUCUUCAUGACUUUCUGGGAUGAAGAGCAGGUUAAGAAAGCAUGA